GCCGGUGUCAAAGGAGAGGGACGCCGCGAGGUAUUAUCGAUACACAGGGAGAGCGAGAGGGCAGGAAGAGGCGCAAGCGAGCUUAUAGCGCCUACGCGCCGCCUCGAGCGCACGUCGCGGCAUGCAUUAUUCAGUCAGCCGACGGCGACGAGCUCCAGGUCGACGAGACUAUGUACACACAACGAUGGACUAUGCACUGCCCGCGGGCGAGUCGAAACCGAACGAUAUUUUAUAACGCGGUCGUUCUCCUAUGUGUGUACGUAUAAGUUUAGCUCGUUAGGCGGGCUCCGAGUUCUACAGUAUUAUGCUUUAGUCUUGGCUGAUAUUAUAGCGACGGAAAUCAAUCGGUUUUCCGGCCGGAUGCGCGUAAAAUCGAUGCUCCCGCUGAGUACGCGGAAGGGGAAGAUAAAUUGCACGCGCAAUCGUGCUGCAGCCGACUAGUAUGUAUAUAGGUAAUAUAGAAUGGACUUUUCUGGGUCAGCGGGGGCGGUACGCGAAAUCUCGGAUUUUACGACUUGUCGCGCGCAACUGGUUCGGUAGACGGAAUCUGUUUUACAAUUGGGUGCGUGGUUUAUCCGAUUUUGCGUAGGCGUCGUGUAUCCGCAAGAAUUUGUUGAUUUUAUAAUCUUGUCUUAUAAUUGAGGAUGGUCGGUGCUUUUGCUUGCAUAGGGAAGCUUAUUGUAACGGUUAAUUUUGAAAUUGCUGCAGUAAAAACAUGUUAGAAAAGUGUUUUGAGGGUUUUGUAGUUAAAAUGCGGUGUUCUUGAAUAAUGAUUCGCUUUUUUGAAUUCUUUUGAUUUUUUUUUUCGAUACCAGAAUAUAUCGGGAAAAAAAUUGGUUUUUUAUUGUUUUUAUUAAGGUAUUUUUAAGAUUGAGCAUUCAGAUUUAAUUAUAGGAUUUUGUCGUUUUGGGAGUAGGGAACUUUAGAUAUUAGAAAAUCUUCCCCCAAGAGAAGAAACAUCGUCAUGUUAUUUAUAUAGAUUAUUAAAUGAUGUUAUAAUGUGAAGAGGAGCGAGAAUUAGAUACGUGACGCUCUGGAAUUGCGUAGGUCGUGUAUGCAAUGCUUUACUGUUGAAUUUCUCUGAAAAAAGAUAAAAUCGCAGUUUUUCGAUCAUGAAGUGCGGCAAAGAUGUACAGGACUCGAACGUCCUUAUCAAAUGGAGAAAGAACAUCUGAUGACAGGGUGAAAUUUUGCCGGUCUAUUGAAUUGAAUUUCACCAGACUGAGAAAUUGUAUACUUGGAAAUCGAUAGUGAAGGAAGACCACAUUUUCCGGAACAUUGUGUAUGUAGUUUUUUACUUAUUAAAAAGAAUUUUUAACCGGUGACAGUUGAGUGUGUCUUUUAUUUAAUAAAUAUGCAUGCUAAAGAAUAAAUUAUCGAAUACGGUGGGUAUCAGGGAUGGAUGCAAAUCCAUGCACUUUGCAUAUAGUUAUUCUACAAAAUGAAUAAAACACGCUCAUUGUUAAACUAAAAAUGAUUAUUCUUAAUAUUUCAUGAAUAUGAAAAUUAUAUUAAUUUAAUGGGACUUGUCGUAACUCCAAAUGAAAAACUACCACUUUAAAAUAUAUAUCCAUAUUUAUUUCAAUGAAUAGAAAUAAUGAAUACCUAAAAUCAAUGCUCCGCUAUAGCGAAUUAUACGUAUGUUAAGGUACUCGUAUUUUGAUAAAUAUAACAAUAAGAUAAUCUAUAUUGCGGUAUCUUUUUCAUAAAAUCUUUUGAUGUUUUUCAAAAUGAUCGCUUGGUUAAACGUUGCAAAAGAUACAUAAUAAGUUUGUAUUUUUUCAAAUCAUAUAAGAAAUUUGCAACUUACAAUAAAAAACAAUUGUCAUACAUUUUUUACCUGGGACUGCCUUAUACACGCAAGUGGUUUUAAUAAAAUAUAUUCGUAUACGCACAAGAAAUAUCAUUACAAGACUCAUACCAUCAGCUAUUAUCUUGUAAAAUCAUAAAUUAAAAAAGCUGCAAAAUAAUAGCAUAAAAAUGAUCAAGCGAAUUAUAAUUAUAAAUAAAUCAGCAAAUUUUAUUUCACGAAAAUAUAAUAUAGCAUAACUGUUAUAUGAUCGAUUAAUUUAUCAUUACCUAAUUAUUCACUAGUGCUCGCGGUUGCGAUUUAUAAAAAUUAAUUAGGUAUUAAAAUUGUCUAUAGUUAACUUUUUAAUUAUAACAGAAUUCUGAAAUACCGGUUACGUUACGUCGUUCUGUCGUUACCGAGUGAAAAGCAAAUGUUUCUAUAAUGAAUUUCAAGUACUUUUGUUAGAUGGCGGCACUGGCAAAUUUUUUAAAUUGCAUGAACCGUACAACCGCUGCUUAAGUGUUCAAAUAUUUGUAUACUUCUGUUUUUUAACAAUUUGUUCCAAAGUAAAUGUUUGAAAUCUUAAAAUUCAGAAAAAUCAACGAUGAUAUAAGAUAAAUAAAUCAAUAUUUUCAUUAAUGCAUGUAUGUACAUACCAUGCUGUAUGUACAUACCGACAUUGUAUGCAUUGCAUGUAUUAUUAAGGCACAAUCAACAGCAAACUGUAAUUAAAAAGAGUCAGUGUUACAAAUACUCACAGUAACAAAGAAAUAAUCCUGUAUUUUUUUUAAGUUAUACUCGGGUCUUGAAAACGACGCAAUAUUUUUUUACUUAAUUUUCCGUAUGAAAAAAAAAGAACACACGUUGUGCACCGUAAGCUCGGCGGUCUCUGCGUGACGUCACGCAUAGUGUCGCCAUCUUUAAAUCGCUCUGGAAAGAUUGGAAAGGAAAGAUCUGCGCUGCUGCGGCUCGUCAACUCGUCAGCAAGUGUUCCUACUUAGUACUUAUAUUUCCUUCUAUACGACGCGUAUAAGUGUGUCUAUCGUCCGCCGCUGUGUUAGUGCGCCUCUCGUCGACCGACUCGUCAUCGGUGAAUCCUGAAAAUAAACUGACGUUGAUUACGCACAAUUCCUUCGUAUAAGUAGUUCCGUCGUAUUCCUCUGAGGUAAACGAAAAUCGUGAGUAUUCCAUCACUUCUUGCGUAUCCUUUUUUAGAUCAAGAUUUGCCGAUUUGAAUAGCAGUGAAAUUGAGACAAUAAGACAGAGUAUUCGUAGAUUCAGCGAAGCCAAAGCCUGACAACGGAGUAAAGAAUAAACAUGGACGGUGGUGGUUAUUCUGGUGAUGGAGAUUUGGGAGCAAGAUCCAAUGACCAGCCUACUGUUUCCAACAAAAAAUUACAACAAACACAAGCUAAGGUAGAUGAAGUUGUUGGAAUAAUGAGGGUGAACGUCGACAAAGUAUUGGAGAGAGAUCAGAAAUUGUCAGAACUUGACAACCGAGCAGAUGCUUUGCAAAUAGGAGCUGCUCAGUUUGAACAGCAAGCAGGAAAGUUGAAGAGAAAAUAUUGGUGGAAAAAUCUUAAGAUGAUGAUAAUCAUUGGUGUCAUCUGUGCAAUCAUAUUGAUCAUUAUCAUUGCCUCAACUGUGUCUAGUAGCAGUUCUGAUGAUCCGCCAGCUGGAGGAAAUGGAACAAACUAAACUAUUUUUGUUACAUCUACAAAAAGACUAGUAGAGGAUGGGUUCGAAGCACAAUAAGACAAUACGCUACAACACUAUUGGUUGACAAUUGUUGGUAAAAGCUUAAAUAUUUUUGAGACACAUUUUCUAACUAAAAUAUACAAACGUUAGAAUAAGUACAGUAUUAAGUAAAAGUGGCCUUCUCGUUUAAAAAACAAAUAUAUGUAUAAUGUAGAACCAUCAGGCUUUUGUCUGAAUCUCCACGGGUAAACAAUCAAUUAUUCCUGUCGAUCUUGCAAAUUUCGACAAAUUUUUGACGCCUUUUGUUGACGUCGCAUUUUUCAAUACUUGUACGGUUAAUGAUGAUAUUUAAUAUAUAGUAUAUACUCUUUUCAUUCAUCAAAAAGAUUAAUGUAUUUUGUACUUCUUAUACAUAUGGUGAAUUAUUACUUGUGUCAUUCACAAAGUUUAUUAAUUGUAUUUUUGAAAAAUUGAUCUAAUCAAAUAAUUUAUAAGACAUCGCACAAGGACAAACUACUUUUGUGAUGAAUUAAUUUUAAUAAAAAUUUAUGUUUAAUAAUUA